GAUGAUUGAAGGAUACCUCGGAUCUCUUGUGAUUUCUUAACUUGAGCAAUAAACAUGCGCCAUUUGACGAUUUCAUUGUAUAAUAUGUGAAUGAACAUCUUUAUGAAGCGAUAAAUUGGGAAGUAGCACUCUAAACCAUGCUGAAGUGGUUUUCCAAUGAAGAUGGCGCUCCUGGCCAGGGAGCGCUCGGCUCCCCCCAGGGUGGUGCUGGAGGAGGAGAAGGAGGCCAGGCAGCCCUGGUGGAGGUGGCGGAGCGGCUGGCCCAGACAGAGCAGCUGGUGGCCCAGCUGAAGGAGCUGAUCCGUGAGAAGGAUGGCUCGCUGCGCACCAAGGACGAGCAGCUCAAGGCAGAGAAGGAGGCGUGCGAGGCCAAGCUGUCCAAGAUGCGUCUCCAGAACAAAGCCAAGGUCACCUCCCUCAGCGCCCAGCUGGAGGAGCUGAAGAAAGGAGGUGCUGCCGGGGGUGGAGCUGGGGGCCAGGGGACUCCCACCCACAGUAAGAAGGGAGGUGCAGAGGGAAGCGAGCAGGCCAGCCGUGGGAAGAUCCUCCUCCUUAGGAAGAAGGUGGAGGAACUGGAGCAUCAGCUGUCACAGAGAGAUGAGGAACUGGAAGUCAAGUCACGAGAGCUGGAGGCCCAGAGGCAGCGUGGUGCGGACAUGGACGCCAUGCUGGUGGAGCGAAACAGGAAGCUGUCAGAGAAGGAGGCCUACAUAGUCCACCUGCAGACUGGCAUGGCCACCGGAGAGCAGACGGCCACGCCUCCAGCCCAACCAGACACGGAGCACAUGGCGUUGCCGGAGGAGAGCGGAGCGGGCUCCCUGGCGGAGCUGCAGCUGCUGGUCCUAAGUCUGACCAGGAAGGUGGGCGAGGGUGAUGAACGUUACAGCCUGCUGCAGGAGCAGACUGAGAGCCUCAAGGAGCUCCUAGUCACAGAAAAGGCCACCUUCGAGGACAAGGAGAACAUGUACAAGCAAAACAUCCAGACGUUUAAAGACAUCAUUCUGCAGAAAGACAACAAGCUAAUGGAGGUCAACCAGAUGCACGAGCAGGAGCUCUUCAAGUUGGCCGCCAAGUCUGACGCCAGCGCUGAUCUGGAACAGCUCCUGAAGGCUCUGAAACAGAAACUACAUGAGAAGGAGGAGGUGCUGCAGGGUAAAAACCAGGUGAUUGAUGUCCUCCAGGGGGAGGUGGACUCCAGAGACCAGCAGAUCAAGGACCUUGUGGAGCGGGCGCGGAGGCUGCAGGUGGAGCGCGAGAGCCUCGGGUCCAAGAUGGAGGCUGAGAAGCACGUGAUGCGGGCUCAGCUGCGUGACCUCUUGGAGAAGCAUCAGGGCGAGCUGCGCCGUGCCGCCGAGUGCCACGAAGCCCAGCUGGCCGAGCGGGAGCAGGCACUUCGCGGGCAGCUACAGGAGGAGCUGGGAAGGACCCCUGUCGCCGAGCUUCAGACCCAAACGCAAGCAGGGAGCGGCGGGGAUUCUCCAGUCACGGCCCAGAGGAUGAACGAGCUGGAAGCACAAGCCAAGCUGAAAUCUGAGGAGGCCAGUAAAUCGGAAGCCAAGUUCCUAAAGAUAAAAGCCUGGUCAAAGUCUCGUAUUCGACAGCUGGAGGACGAGCUGAGGAAAAGCCAGUCUGGCAGAGUGGGCCCUGACGUGACGUCCCUGCGUAGCCGCGUCACGGAUCUGGAGGAAGAGCGGGAGGAGACGCUGUGGAAGCUGGAGCAGUACGACGAGAUCAAGGCCAAGAACGAUGUACUGGAGGCCAAGCUGGUGGUGUACGAGGAGCAGCAGAGGAAGAUGGCCUCCGACCUGGAGCAGGUCACCAAGAGAGCCGCCUCUCAGGCCAGCGAGUCAGGUAGCGCCGACGACGCCCAGAGCCAGGUGCUGGACUGGCAGGAGAUGGUGUCGGAGGCGGUGACGGCCAGGGACCGUGCCCGCGAGGAAAAGGCCACCAUGGCCCUGCGCAUGAGCCACAUGGAGGAGGAGAGAGAGGUGCUGGCCAGCCGGCAGCAGGAGUUGGAGGAGGAGCUGGUGCAGGCCCGGGGUCUCACAGGGCUACAUAGGGGAGGCAAGAAAAUGGGAGGCACCGCCCACCAACACAGCCUGCAGGAGGACUUUGAGUUUGAUGGCAAGCAGGCGUUCCACCAGGACCCACACAGUGGCGGAUCUGAGAGCACCACCCCGAUGGAGGAGGGGGAGAACAUGGGAGGUGGCCUGCGGUCGGUAGUGGAGGAGUUGGAGCUGGAGAGGAACCAGCUGCAGGAACAGAUCCUAGGACUGGAGGACCGCUGUCAGGACCUUGAGGACCGGCUGCAGCUGCAGGCUCGCAUCGAGUCCCUACAGAAUGACUCGGAGAGACUACAGGGUCAGCUGGCCAGCCUUCGGAGCCAGCAGAGCAGGGAUGCAGAGAAACACCAUCUCCUGGUCACCAGCCUCAACGACCAGCUCAAAGGACUGAGUGACACCCAAGAGUGUCUCGAAACUUCUCUUAUAGAGAAGGAGAACACAUUAGUCAAGACCUCUGAGAAACUGGAGCUCAUCGACAGCCUCCGAGAUUCUUUAAUGGAAAAGGAGGCGCAGCACAAAGAGGUCGCCGACAAGCUGCUUCAAUCUGAGAACCAUUUCACUGAAGUUUCCACAAAAUGCAGUACCUUUGAAAAACAGUGUUCAGAACUGAAGACAUCGGUUGCAGAUCUCACACAUAAGCUGAGUGUGCUUAAAGAGAAGACACUGAAACAAGAGGCCACAAUAAACACUCUUCAAAAUGACCUGGAUCAGACAAACGAUGAACUGGACAAGUUGAACACCACCCAUCUCGAAGAAAGGUCUCAGCUGAUCCACAACCUUCAAAGCUGUGAACGGGAGAUUGAUAACCUCAGAGAUGUCCUCUCAGACAAGGACAAGGAGAUCUUAGCCCUCUCGGGCAACAUUGCAGAGUACGCAGAGCAGAUCAUGGUGCUGAAGCAGGAGAUCAAGCACAAGGAGGAGGACCUGGUUCGCAUCGAGACCGCCCUCACCAAAUCGGAGCGGGAGGCACAGAUCAUCAGAGACUCUCAGAACUCGGACCAGCAGGCUCUGUACACCAAGACAGCAGAGCUGGUGGAACAGCUGAAGGAUGCAGAGACUGAGCUGAGCAAGGCCAAAGAGGAGAAGGAGUCGAGGACAGUAGAGGUGGAGGAGCUGAGGAAGCAAGUGGAAGAGGACAAGCGGACCAUCCUGGAACUUCGAGGGGAGAUCCAGCAGCACAACGUGGGCCAUCGUAAUCAUCUCUUAGAGUGCGAAACUCAGAUCUCUUCACUGAAGGAGCAUGUGACUGUUGCUUCCCAGAAACUACAGGAGUCCGAGGGUCUCGUCUCUCAGUUGAGGGAAGCAAGUACAUCCAGCAAGACACUGAAAGACCAGCUCCAGGACAAGGAGCAGACGUAUGAGAAAGAACUCAAAUCGGUCAAGGAGGAACGGAACGAGCUUAACGCAGAGGUGUCCAAACACAAUGAUGACCUUAAGACCCUGUCCAACCAGCUAGAGAAGCAGACAGAGUGUCAGGUACAGUUGAAAAAAGAGAUGCAAGAAAAACUGGAGACAAUAUCCUCUCUUGAGGAAAAACUCAGGGCCAUCCAGGAAGAGGCCGAAGUAGAGCAACAGAAAUUUAACACAGAACUGCAAGUCAGAGAUUCUGAAAAGGAGAAGUUGGCGAAAGACCUGCAGGUUAAAUUGGAAAAUAUCUCAAAUAUGAAGAAGCUCUUGAAAAACAUGAAGACUGAAAAACAACAACUGCAAGCUGACCUGAAGGAGAAGGCAGAUGAACUUAAGUCUCAAAAGCAGCUUGCAGAUGAGCUUAAUAAAACAUCUACGGCAGCUCUUGAACUUAACAGCAGUUUGAACUCUCAAAAAAAGGGCCUCAGAGAGGAGAAUCAGAGAUUGCAACAGGAUGUAGCUGGAAAGCAGAAAUCCAUUUCAGAGAUGACAGAUGAAAGGGAUUCUCUGAGAAACAAAGUCUCUGACUUUGAAACACAGCAUUCAGAAAACAGAAAAGUCAUUGAAGGGCUUCUGAAAGACAAGGAGGAGCUGAGUGUUAGAGCCAAUGAACUGAACAGGGCUGAGCAAAAUAAACAGUCCAUUUCCGAGAGUCUAUUUGAGAAAACAAAUGAAUGUAUUCUUCUAACUAAAACACUCAGGGAAAGGGAGGAGACAGUUGCCCGUUUACAGGUGCAAAUUGACAGUUUGAACACUCAAGUGGAGCAGUUCCAUCACAACAUUGCUGAAAAAGAGAAGUUUGUCACUGAUCAAAACUCACAAGUAGAGGCACAGCAGAGCCAGCUGUCGCAACUCCAGGAAACAAUGUAUUUACUGCAGGAGCAGGAGACUGCCCUGAAAACUGGGCUCACGGAGAAAGACACCGUAUUGCAGCAGAAAUCAGAUGAGUGUAGCUCUUUACAGAAUAAACUUGGGCAGCAGAAAAAGCUUCUAUCCAAGCUACAGGGUGAGACUAAAUCACUUAAAGGACAAUGCUCACAACUGACCCAGUGUCUGGAAGAAAAAGAAGAGACCUUCAGACAAAUGACACAGGACUGUGAAAACCACAAAGACGAGCUUAACAAGAGGAAUGAGUCAUUGAAGUCACUAAGCAGUCAGCUUGGUGUCAUGAACGAGAGCAGUGCGCAGUUGGAGUCUGAAAAUACAGAACUGAAGGCCACUCUGGAGAACCACGCAGCAGAAAACAACAAGCUGAGGCAUGAGAUGGAACAGAGGCAAGCUGAGGUGGUUGGCCUCCACAGUCACAUCCAGGCACUGAGUGAGCAAAACCAACAACUCCGAGCUGCUUAUGAGAUCAGAGAUCAGGAACUUGCCCAGCAAAUGCACGUUGCAUCUGAGCUUGAUAGAAGGGUAAAUGUGACUCUUGAGCAGAACACAAACCUGUGCUCACAACUGAACAGUCUGACAGAGGAGAAGCAGAUACUGCAACAGGAAUUAGCUGUACAGUCAGAGUCCAUUUCUGAAUUAAGCAAGGAGAAGAACUUACUUCAAGAUAAACUUUCCAAUUUUGAAAUGCAACAUUCAGAAAACUGCAAAAUGAUUGAAGGGCUACUGAAAGACAAAACGGAGCUCAGUGUAGCAGUAGAGGAACUCAACAAGGUCCUAGAGCAAAACAAACAGACUGUUUCAGAGAGUUUGCUGGACAAAACAAAUAAAUGUACUAAUCUCACCAAAUUGCUUAGAGAGAGUGAAGAGGCACUUGCACAUUCACAAGACCAAGUUGACAGCUUGAACACCCAACUUGAUCAACUGAACAACAACAUAACCGAAAAAGAGAAGACUAUCAGAAAUCAAAACUCACAAUUAGAGGCCCAGCAGAGAGAGUUGUCGCAACUCCAGGAGACAUUGGCUUUAUUACAGGAGCAGGGGACCGCACUGAAAUCUGGGCUCACAGAGAAAGACACCAUGUUGCAGCAGAAAGCAGAGGAGUGGAGCUCUUUACAGAAUAAACUUAAUCAACUGCAGGGCGAGACUAAAUCACUUAAAGGACAAUGCUCACAACUGACUCAGCAUCUGGAAGAAAAAGAAGAGACCUUCAGACAAAUGACACAGGACUGUGAAAACCACAAAGCCGAGCUGAACCAGAGGAACGAGUCAAUGAAGUCACUAAGCAGUCAGCUUGGUGUCAUAAACGAGAGCAGUGUGAAGUUGGAGUCUGAAAAUACAGAGCUGAAGACCACUCUGGAGAACCACGCAGCAGAAAACAAGAAGCUAAGGGAAGAGAUGGAACAGAGGCAAACUGAGAUAUUAGAUCUUAGGGACAACAUCCAAGCAUUGAAUGAACAGAAUGUCAGACUAAAAACCGAACUCAAAAACUCUGUCACAGAGGCAUCCAAGAAACUUGAAGAGAUUUCAGUUCUCAAGGCAGAGAUUUCUAACAGGGACAGUUAUGUGUCUAAUUUAACAAAGCAACUGACAGCAGCCUGCUCGGACAGGGAUAGCUUAGGUUUGAAUUUGCAGCAGAGAUGUGAGUCCCUAAAACAGCAGGAGAUGUUUAUUAAGCAGUUGCAAACUAAGUCAGUAGAGGGUGAGGGUCAGAUGAGCCAGGCCAUCACUGAGCUGCAGACACAAGCUCAGAGUCUUCAGAAAAGCCUUCAAGACAAAAAUCUUUCGCUGCAUGAGGCGGAAAAACAGCUGAGUCUACUCAGAGAGAAGUUCACCUUAGAAUCGGAGGAUUUCAAAACCCAGCUGAAUUCAAGUGCGGAAACAAUGAAACAGCUUCAGGAUGAUCUGCGUAAUGCGGUGGAACAGAGUAAUCAGCUCAGUGGGAGGCUUGAAGAACAAGAGGCACAGCUUAAGCAGAAAGGUGAUGAUUAUGUGAGUUUAAGGACAUAUGUUUCAGAGCUGGAGGAUUCCACCACACAGCUCAGAGGUCAAGUUGACAGCCUGACCUCUGAGUCAUUCCUGUUAAAAGAGACCCUGAAAGAGAAAGUCAGGUUCAUCCUUGAGGUACAAAGCACCUCCUCAGCUGUUAGCGAAAGCCUAAAUUCAAAACUCAAAACCAAAGAUACAGAAUGUGAGAGCUUAAAAGAGCAGCUUUCGUACCUCCAAGAGUCCGUUUUAAAGUUCAAUACCAAAGAUGCAGAAUGUGAGAGCUUAAAAGAGCAGCUUUCACAUCUCCAAGAGUCUGUUUCAAAGCUCAAUAGUAGCCUCAGUGCCCAGUCCUCUGAAGUGGCACGACUUCAACAAGCCUUAGAGGAAAGAGGGACUGCCGUUAUGGACCAGUCAAAGGCCCUUCAGGAGCUGCAGAGAAGGGCAGAUGAAGCAGCCCUCUUCAAAACCCAGUUCAUGGAGAGCACAGAGUUGGUGUCACAACUGCAGGAUCAGAUUCAGGAACUCUCCACUAAGUCUGCAAGCCUCAGCCAGUCGGCAGAGGCGAACCAAAGUGCCUUUGUAAAUCUUCAGGAGAAGUAUGCUACUCAUUUAGAGGAGCUCCAGGAAGCUCGGACAAUGCUUUCUCAAAGGGCCGAGGAGAUGUCCAGUCUUAACAAGUCCCUCAGUGAAAGCAACAGCACAGUUCAGGCAGCAGAAAGCACCAUAGAGGUGCUGAGGAAUGAGUCUUCCUUGCUACGUCAAGACCUUCGGCAAAUCCAAACACUGAAUGUCGACCUUUCAAAACAAAAGGAAGACGCCCUUGCUACCCAUCAAAGGAGCACCUCAACAUUCACUGUCGAAAUUGAGAGACUAAAAUCUCAGUAUUUGCAUGUGGCUGCUCAGGUAAAUGCACUGACAGAAAAUCUUGAGCAGAGAGAGAUGUCUCUUCAUGCCAUUAACAGUCAGUACACAGCCCAGGUGAAACAGGCAGAGCACGUAGUGUCAGAAAUGCAGAAACUAGAAGAGCAAAAUAAGAAGCUAAGAGAGGAGAUAGCUCUGUCAAAGCAAGAAAAUCAACAGUGGCUGGAUGCAGCAAUCAGUGAAAAAGAACGUCUGCAGCAAGAAGUUCAGAAACUCAUCCUUGAGAGAGAUGAACACGGCAAGAGCUACAGCAGCCAGAUACAAACAAUGCAGGAGCAGUUGCAUCUCCAAAAGCAGCAGCAAUCCAGCAGCAUGAAUGAAGUCAUGGAGAAAAUGGUGGCUGAGAAGGAAAGACUACAGGUUGAGGUUAGUGUCAAAGGUGAAGAAAUCACCGGAUUGAAAUCAGACAUUCAAAAGAUAGGGCAAACUCUUCAGGACUCUGAGAAGGAGUGGCUAUCGGUCCUGGAUAGAGAGACGCAGGAUAAAUAUCUCAUUGCGGAGCAGUUGAAAAGUGUUGAAAAUGAAAUUAAGUCAAAAGAUUUUAAAGUUCAAGCAUUGAAACAAGACCUAGAUAGUUUGCAUGAAAAGUUGGCAGAGGCAGCAACAGCAAUUAGACAGGGUUCAGAUCUGCUUAAAGCGAAAGAGGUAGAGGCAUCCACAUCCAGGGUUCAGACUGAAAACAUCUUAGUAUCUGUUAAGGAAAAAGACGAGCAUAAUAUUGAAUUGAGGCAGGCUCUUCAAGAUAUGGAAAGUGAGUUAAGACAAUUAGAGGUCAGCAAAGAGUGUUCUGACAAAGAUUUGUCUGUAUUGUCACUAACCAUGUCUGAUAGAUUAGUUGCUUUAGAGGAGGAAAAUGUCUCCCUACAGACUAUGCUCAAACAGUUGAGAGAAAGACAUCAGUGUGAGGUAGAUUCUUUGAGGUGUGAAUUAAAUGAAGUUUCGGAAUUGUUGAAACGGACAGAGUGUGCCCUUAACGAUAAAGAAAUGUGCUAUCAAGGUAAGAAUCAACAGAAUGUUUUAUUUCAAGAAAAUAUACAGCACCUUCAUGCACAGCUCCAAACUGAGACUGAACAUCUGAGAGAGGCAGGUAUUAAACAGACAGCUCUACUUAGUGACAUCCAAACGAAAGAUGAGCAGGUCAGCUGCAUGACCAUCCAAAUAAGUCACCAGAAGGAAUUGCUAGCAGGUCUCAGUCAACAGUUGAGGGAGAAAGAUGCUUCAGUAGCACAGGUAAUUGAAUCCGCCUCAAACGAAAGAAGGAAAUACGCAGAGGAAAAUAGUCAUUUCCUCUCACAGCUGGAAAGCUUGGAAAAUGCACAAAGUAGCUCUGUGAAACAGCUUGAACAUGUGUUCUUGCAACUAGAAGAGAGCAAAGCUCAUCUGUCACGCUCUCAAAGUCAACUUGAGACCAAGGAUUUGGAGAAUGGAGAUUUGGUUAAAGAAAAGGAUCAUCUCAACACUCAGCUCACUAAGUUAACCAAAGAAAAAGAGGUCUUGAAAAAGAAGCUCCAAGCUGCUCUGGUUGUAAGGAAAGAACUAUUGAAGAAGCUAGAGGAGCGUGAACAUCAAAUAGAGCAGAAUGUGAAUAAAGGAAUUGAGAUUUCAGGCUUACAGGAUAGGUUGCAAGAACUCACUUUACAAGCUCAAGCUACUACAAAAGAGCAUGAAGACAUUGUUGCAGAUAUUAAACGGCAAGUUAAUCAGAAAGAGGGUGAACUCCUAGAACUGGCCAAGGUCUUAACAGUGCGAGACAGUCUUGUAGAACAUUUUGAAAUAAAUAUGCAAACUUUGCAAGCGAAACUAGAUGAACAAGAAGCAAGUUUGACAACAGCUCUGCAUAAUCUCAAUGAAAAGAGCAUCAUCAUUGAUCAACUUAAUUCCAUCAUCUCUGAGAAAGACGAGGCUUUUGAACAGGAGAGAAGUGGUAUGAUGCUGAGGUUAGAGAAGCUUCAAGAGGAUAUGAGAAAGAGUGAGGAGAGUUUGAAGGAGGACAUGUCAAGCUCCAGUGCGACAGCUGUUGACAUUGAAAACGAGUUAACGAAGGUGAAGCAAGAAAAGGCAAUGAUGCAGAAAAAGGCUCAAGCUGCUUUACUGGCACGAAAAGAGACUAUAAAGAAGUCUCAAGAAAGUGAGAAGAAGUACACCCAAGAGCUUUCAGAAUUAAAAGAUGAUUAUAAAGCACUCCUGGAACAACACUGUCAGCAGACCAAUGACCUUAAUGCUGUCCAGUUAAGUUACGACCAGAAGGUCAAGAAAUUUGAAGAAAUCAGUCAGGCCUCAGUCUCUCAGCUAGGUGAAUUGGAGACCCUAAGACUGCUUGUACAGGAACGGGAUAAAACUCUUCAAGACCUCAACAUAUCCCUAUCAGAGAGGGAGAGUCAAGUCCAUGCCUCAUCAUAUCAAGCAGAGCUAGAAACCCUUCACUUCAAACUGGAAAGCAUGUCCUCUGAGUUGGCAAAUAAGGACGAGGUUCUCAUAGCACUGGAACAGAAGUCCAAAGCAUUAUCUGAGCGAAUGAGCUGCACAGAAAGUCAACUUGAAAAAGCCCAUGCAGAGAUAAAGGAGAGGAUGGAAGAGCUCGCAAGACAGCAACAAGCAGUGGAGAUGGCCGAGCAGCAGCACCAGCAGGAAAAACAAACUAUGGUAGAUGACCACCUGGUGCUGCAGAACCAGUUGGGCGCAUUACAAGCCACAGUGGAGGAGCUAAAACACACAUUAGAAGCACUUGUUGGUGAGAAAGAAUCCCAGUCGCACAAAUUUAUAAGUGAAAGCAAAGAACUAAUAGAGGACAGGGCUCGAAUGAAAGGAGAGCUGGAGAAUGCACUCACUACCAUCGCCCAGCAAUCGUCUGAACUUCAAAUCCUCCAAAACACUUGGGCUGAAACUCAACAGCAACUCGGUGAAGAAAAGGAACAGCUAAAAGUGGAGCUUGAAAAAGCACAGUCCCAUUCUGCAGAGUCCCAGGCUGAAAUGGAAAGUCUUAAGCUGCACAUGGAAUCACUACAGCAAGAAAAAGAAAGCGCCUUCAUGGUCAUAGAACAAUUAAACUGUGAAGUUGCCAUGCUGGAUGCUCAGCUAAAGGAAGCUGGAAAAGUACAUGAGGAGCUUCUUCAAAAGAUACCUGGUUUGCAGGAUAAAUCCUCUGAACAGAUUGGGGUAAUUGGGAAGGAGGUCCAGUAUCUUAAGAUAUCCCCUGGAGAACAUGAGAUGAGUCUCAAGGAAAGAGAUGAUGCCCUGGUGAUUUCUCAGUCUCUGGCCACGGAAAAGGAAGAGCUUAUUGCUGCCUUGGAACAGCAACUGCAGCGGCAGAUUCACCUUCACGAAGUUGCCAUGGAAAAGAUGAGGACUGAAGUUGAUGAGCUUCAGCAGAGGUCUCAAGAAGAUGCCAGCAAAACAAAGGAUCAGGGCAACCAAAGCAAAACAGCACUUCUCACCAGGAAGCUUCAAGCAGCCUUAGUUUCCAGGAAAGAAAUCUUGAAAGAUAAUAGCUCUCUGAAGGAACAAAUGCGUAUACUCUCAGCUAAAAAUGAAGAAAUUGGGGCAUCAUCCACUGUACUGGAAAUGUCUGUUGCCAAGUUGAAACAACAAAAAGAGGACCUGGAGAGUUCUGUAUCAUCCCUGAGCAGGGAGAAAGAGAAGCUCAUUGCCGAGGUUGAUCGCAUCCUCAAUGAUAAUUACAAUUUAUCUGCAGCCUGUGAAAGCCUCAAACUCACCAUAGAAAAUAUCACCCAACAGAAACAGGCAUUUUCGUGUCAGCUUGAGUCCCUGAAAGACUCGCAGACGGAUGAGUUGUCGGAGUGGAAAUCUAAGCACACAGAGCUGAAACAGGAGUAUGAGUCACUUUUACAAGCGUACGAGAAUGUCAGUAGCGAAAUGGACAAGAUGAGACAACUAUUGGAGGGGGCAAGAAGAGAGAGACAAGAAGCGCUCGUUAAAGCACACAAAUCUGAAGCUGAGAGGGAGAAUCUGGAGAAACAAGUUGGGGAGAUGGAGGAUGAAAAUGAGAAAAUUAAAGAGAAGAUGAGAAAGUUUACUAAGGCGAAGCAGCUGAAAAUGGAAGAGCUGGAGGAGGAGAAUAAACAAAUCAGAAUAGACUUGCUAGAGUUUGAUGAUAAGCAGAAAGCCACAGUUGAAGAGUUGACUAUUAAAAACAACCACUUGGAAGCAGAGAUCCACAGCCUUGUAGAGUCCUCAAAAGCACUCAGAAGGAAGCUAACAGAGAUUCAGCUCAACAAUGGCAGUCUGGCAGAGGCACUCAAAGAAGCAACCUGUUCAUUAGAAAAGUGGCCCACCGAAUCAAAAGCAUGUGAGCAAAACAUGCAGCUUAAACUAGAUGAUGCACUCAUUUUGAAUAAUUCACUGACUGCCCAGAUUGAGUCACAGAAGACAGAACUUGCUUCCCAACAGGAAAUCAAUAAAUUAAUGCAAAAGGGGAAAGAAACUCUCUCUGAAAGACUUAAACAAAUGCCGAAUAUGCAUGAAAAGGAAUUGGGAGAAAAAGACGAUGCAAUCUCAGAGCUCCAAGAAAUGAUCAACAGACACAGCCAAGAGACCACCAGCCUAAAUGAGAAGGUCAGGAUCUUGGAGGACGACAAGUCUAUAUUACAAGAGGAGCUUGAAAAUGUCCAAGAGAUCUCGGACAAAGUAAAAAAUGAGAAUGAAUAUUUGGAGAUAGUGAUCCUCAAAAACGCUGAAAGAAUUGAUGAACUGACAGAGACAGUCAAUGUUCUCCAAGCCCAGAACACACAGCUCUCCUCUCAAUUGACUGAGAGCAAAGAGAAGGCUACUCAGGUUUGCCAGGAGAAGGAGGAACAGCAGCUGAAGUUGGUUAAGGAGUUUGAGGAGAAACUCAAAAUGUUCCAGAGAGGCAAUGAGGGCUCCAGAAAUAUAAAGAAGGAGCUACAGGAACUGCUGAAAGAAAAACAUCAUGAAAUCAAUCAUUUGCAACAUGACUCCAUCAAAUACCAGGAGCUGAUCUUAGACCUAGAAAGGUCUCUGAAGGCUUCAGAGUCAGCGCAUGAACAGGUGGAGAAGGAGCUGAGGGAAAUGACAGAGAGGAUAUCUUGUCUAGAAGAAGGGAGGAGGCAUCUUGAAGCUGAGCUUACCACACACAAGAACCUUCUCAAUGAGGCAAAGAAAGAUUUGACAAACAUUAGCUCUGAAAAAGACCAAUUGGUUGAGGUAGUAUCAGAAAAGAACAAUCAAUCAGAAUGUCAGGUCAUGGAAAGAACUAAAGCACUACAGCAUGUAGCUGAGCAGCAAAAGAGUAUUUUCAUGGAGAGGGAGGUAAUUUUACAGCAACAUAUAGAGGAACUUCUGGGUUCCAAGGAGAAGGAGAGUCAGGUAGUUUUAGAAUUGAAGAGGAAAAUAGAUUCUCAAGAUUUACAGAUGAAUACUCUGAAGAGAGAGGCUGACACUAAUUUGUCUAAGUUAGCAGCCCUGUCCUCUAGUCCUCAGGGUACCGAUGCUGUGAAACAGUGGAAUGAUAUGUUCCUAAAUACCUUGCAUGAGAAGGACAGCCAGCUUCUAGAACAGGGCUUUGUCAUAACGAGAUUCCUUGAAGACAUUCGAGUGAAGGAGAAGGAGAUGACUGAACUGCAAGUAACCAAGUCGAGGCUUGAAAGGACACUUGGUGAUUACACAGUAGCUGCCACAGCUCAGCAGAGGCAGUUGUUUAUAAUGGGUGCCAGCAAUAGAGAGCUUAACGAAACCGUGGAGCUCCUGAAUCAUCAGUUGCAGGAACUGAGUGACCAGGUUGAGAGAUUAGAACAGGAUAGGAGUGCACUCAACAGACAUCUCACUGGCAGUGUAGAUUCCACAUCUAAAAUGGAGUUUGAUCUCCAGCAGCUGGAAAAUACACUCUUAGACACAGAGUCCCAGCUACUCCUCUCGCAGUCUCACAGUGACAUGCUUCAGGUUGAUGUUGAGAAACAGGAGGCCAUUUCACUGCACCUGAAGUCACUCCUGCAGAACAAAGAUGCAGAAAUCUCCUCUCUGCUGUCCUCCAGAGAUGGACAGAUGUCUGGGUAUCUAGAACAGCUGCAAGCCAAUCACCGUGCCCAGGUUGAAGGCUACGAGGACAGACUAACUGCCUUGUACUAUGAAAGGGAGAAAGCUGACAAGGAGUUCAGAAGGCUGGAGAACAAAGUCAAAUCCCUUCAAAUGAAAGUUGACAAGUCCAUUCAGGAAAAGGAAAAAAUGGCAGCUCAGAUGGAAACAUUCAGGAACUCCAUGGUCUCCUUGCAGACAGAGAGAGAGCGUUUGAUGUCAGAAUAUAGAAUGUCUGAGGCAAGGAAUCAGACUGUAAUGAAAGGCAAGGAGGGGUCGGCUGACGGAGACCUCAGUGCAACCAAGGGCCUUAAACACGAGAUUAGGACUCUCCUUCAUCAGAUGGAUGAUCUGAACUCUGAAAAUGCCAUGCUCAGGGCACAGCUGAUCAGAUAUAGAGAAGACUUGAAUCAGGUCCUGUCCUUGAAGGACAGCCAGUUGAAAGAGUUGCUCAGGAAGCAGCAAGAUGCCAUCAAAAACCUGGAAAACCAAAAAGCCACAGCUGAAAAGCAGAACCGGAAGACCCUUCUGGAACUCGAGAGGGAAGGAGAGGCAAGCGAUUCCUUAAAAGCUGCGAAUUCCAAACUUCAAACACAGGUCACUGAUCUGGAAGCUAACAUAUUGGCCCUGAAUAAGGGAAUGCAAGAAACAAAUAAAGGAAAAGUGAUUGGUGACUUGCAGCAUGCCGUGGCAGCCAAAUCUGCGGAAUGUAACGACCUCCAGCAAAAACUGUUUGCUCAGAAAGUUGCAGCGGAUGACAGGAAAGGCAGCCUACAGCUCCUGGAGCGUGAGACUGAGAAGAAACUGGGAGAGGCAGAGGACAAGUACAACAGCGAGCUCGAUGCCUUUGAACAAGAAGUCGAACUGAUGAGAAACGAGAAGGAGACCGCUGACCAGAGGGUUGCUGAGCUGGCCAGGGACCUGAUGCAAGCUGAGAAGCUGCUGUCCGAUGCUAGAGUCCAAAGCACGGACCUGAAGUCUCAGAACGAGUCUCUGGGUAAAGCCAUGGCCGCCUUGCAGAACGACCGCGACCAGCUCAUCGAGGACUUCAAGAUCCUUCGGAACCGAUAUGACGAGGAGCUCCGAGAGACCCAGGGGGCCAUGACCAAGGUGGAGAGACAUCUAGGCGACACAACCUCGGAGCUGGCCACCUUGGCGAAAGAGAGACACAUACUGGUACAGAAACUCUCUGCUCUAGAGAGCAAAGAUGCUCCCUCCCAGCUCACUUCACUGGUAGACGAGCUGUCUGUGGCCUUGUCAGAGAAGGAAGGGCAGCUCCAACGGGUUUCCCUGGAAAACGACACGUAUAGCAGUAAGGUAUCGGCUUUCUCUAGGUCCAUGGCCAGCCUCCAAGAUGACCGAGACCGGCUGAUGGAGGAGCUGGCUGGGGCAAAGAGGGCAUUCGAGUCCAGGCAAGGAUUAGGUCCAGAGGUAGUAGACAUCGCCAACACAGGGGAGUCAAAUAGCCAUAGAAGCAGUGGUAUUCAGGCCCUUCAGACUGGGAGAGAUGGGCUGGAGACGAGACAGAGGGUGGAUGAGCUGCAGAGCGCCUUGCAGCAGGCACAGGCCUUCAAACUGCAGACUGAAACAGAAGUCAGCGGGUACCAGGCAGAGCUGGCUGAACUGAGGUCUGAGAGUAGCAGGCUGCAGGCUGAGUGCCAGCGUCUGGCUGGGGAGAGGAAGGAGACCAUGGCCCUGGCGGGGAAGGAUGUGUCUGAUGACCCGUCACUGACCCAGCUCCAGGCAGAGAGAACUCAGCUGCAGAGUCACCUGCAGCGCUGCCUCUAUGAGAUCCAGCAGAGAGAUCUGCACUGCCAGCAGCUCAACGCCAAGCUGCAGCAGGUGGUGGAGGAGAAAGGGGGGGUGUCGGCCCAGCUGAGGGCAGUGUCUCAGACGCUGAGAGACACCCAGAACCGCUGCUAUUGGCUGGAGAACCAGGCCCUGCCUAACCAGCACCACCAGGGCCUUGCAAAGGGGGCGCUGUCUGUAGAAGUGGCUCCGGGAGCUCCCCAGGAGAGGAGCAGUGCUGUGGUAGACAUGGAAGCACUGGAGGCCGGCGAGCUCAGGACCAGGCUGGUGGAGGUGGAGCAGAGCGUGGUUCAGCUAAGUGACAGUCUGGCUGAAGAGAUGACCAGGAGAGAAGCAGCCGAGGAAGCUCUGGGACUGGCUGAGGACAGAGCCAAGAGCGUUGACUCCAGUCCAUCCAGGACGACCCAGAGAGACUUCAGCAUCCAGCUGGAUACAGAGGAGGAGUGGGAGGCCCUCAUCCUCAACCCCAACGAACCCCUGGUCACACGCAAGGUGAAAGGCGGGAUGCUGGCCUGCAGGCGCUGGCUUCGGGGGCGGAGCCUGUACUGCUCCAAGCUGCUGACAUCACGGGCCCGCUCGCGCUACCUCUUCCUUGGCUACCUGCUGAUUCUGCACGUGGCUGUCCUCAUGUGCCUCACCGGCGCCCUCUAGUGCCGUGGGGGUGAAAACAAUCACAAAUUGCAGAUAGAAAUAUAAUUUAUAGAGCAGACUGAGGCACGUUUCCUCCAUGACAAAGACGGUUUGUUCUGCGCAAUGUUUUUCUAUGUAGUUCACUUGACGCUGGGGGUGUUAACAUUGCAGAUACAAAUGUCAUGUGUAGACAAGACACCAUGGCCCGUUUCCUCCACGACAAAGAGGAAUGUCUGUUCUACUCCAUUUCGAGGUAGUUAACCAUGUCUUUUUCCCCUGGAAUGUUAUUCCACCUUUCAGAAUAAGCUGCAGGUUUUUGUCUAGUAUCCAGAGUUUUCAGAAGAGUGAGGGCUUUUGGGGUGUGUCUCAAGUCUUGUCGGCUUCCCUCGCCUCCUUCCCUUGGUUCUCACUGGUCUGAAAAGAAAAUGGACAGCUGAAAGUGGGUCCUUUGGUUAGAUCCUACCUUCUUGUUUUCACCCAUUUUUUUUGUCAGAUCAGUGCAGAUGGAGGCGAGAGGAAGAAGACUGUUAUUGACUAUUAAGACUCAGCCUUUGGAGUGUCUCAGGAGAAAGUGCCGUUUCGAUCCUGUCUGUUAUGUGUUAAAGCCUGAGACGGAACAGAAAGCCAUAUCCAAUCUACAUGAAUGCUAGCCUAAAACGUGCGUACGUACGUGUGUGUGUGUGUGUUUGAAACACAUUUGUGUGCGCAGGUGUGUGUGUUCAUUUGCACGUGUACAAGAAAUAAACACUAGUCCACUGUAA